GGGCGCCGCGACCCCCGUCCCCUCCCGGGCGCGCUCGCAGCGCCCCCGCCCCCUCGCCGCAGUCGCCGCCGCCCGGCUGGCUCGGCCUCGCGGCGCGGGGACCGGCGGCGCCGCAUUCCCGGCCGGUCCGCGAGCCAUGGCCCAGGCGGGCGAGGAGGCGCUGACCGGGCCCGAGCCCGCGGUGCAGAUCCGCGUCGCCAUCCAGGAGGCCGAGGACGUGGAGGAGCCGGAGGACGAGGAGGAGGGGACCGAGGCGCGCGGCGCGGGGGACCCGGCUCGGUACCUGAGCCCCGGCUGGGGCAGCGCCAGCGAGGAGGAGCCGAGCCGCGGGCACAGUGGCACCACAAGUGGGGGCGAGAACGAGCAUGAAGACGGGGAGCAGGAGUGGAAGCCCCCAGACCAGGAGUUGAUCAGGAAGCUGGUGGAUCAGAUCGAAUUCUACUUUUCUGAUGCAAACCUGGAGAAGGACGCCUUCCUGCUAAAGCACGUGAGGAGGAACAAGCUGGGGUAUGUGAGCGUCAAGCUACUCACAUCUUUCAAAAAGGUGAAACACCUGACCCGGGACUGGAGAACCACAGCACACGCCUUGAAGUACUCGAUGAGCCUCGAGUUGAAUGAGGACCACCGGAAGGUGAGGAGGACCACCCCCGUCCCGCUCUUCCCCAACGAGAACCUGCCAAGCAAGAUGCUCCUGGUCUACGAUCUCUACCUGUCCCCCAAGCUCUGGGCCCUGGCCACGCCCCAGAAGAAUGGAAGGGUGCAGGAGAAGGUGAUGGAACACCUGCUCAAGCUCUUCGGGACCUUCGGAGUCAUCUCGUCAGUGAGGAUCCUCAAGCCCGGGAGGGAGCUGCCCCCUGACAUCCGGAGGGUCAGCAGCCGGUACAGCCAGGUGGGGACCCAGGAGUGCGCCAUCGUGGAGUUCGAGGAGGUGGAGGCGGCCAUCAGAGCGCAUGAGUUCAUGGUCACGGAAUCUCAGGGCAGGGAGAACAUGAAAGCCGUCCUGAUUGGGAUGAAGCCACCCAAAAAGAAACCUCCCAAAGACAAGAACCAGGACGAGGAGCCCGCCGCGAGCAUCCACCUGAACAAGUCCCUAAACAAGAGAGUCGAGGAGCUUCAAUACAUGGGUGACGAGUCUUCCGCCAACAGCUCCUCCGACCCCGAGAGCAACCCCACGUCCCCCAUGGCCGGCCGGCGGCACGUGGUCACCGCCAAGCUCAGCCCUGCUGGCCACCAGAAUCUCUUCCUGAGCCCCAACGCCUCCCCGUGCUCCAGUCCCUGGAGCAGCCCCUUGGCUCAACGCAAAGGCGUUUCCAGAAAAUCCCCUCUGGCCGAGGAAGGGAGGCUGAACUGUAGCGCCAGCCCUGAGAUCUUUCGCAAGUGCACGGAUUAUUCCUCCGACAGCAGCAUCACUCCCUCCGGCAGCCCCUGGGUUCGGAGGCGCCGCCAGGCCGAGAUGGGGACACAGGAGAAGAGCCCUGGGGCGAGUCCCCUGCUGUCUCGGAGGAUGCAGACUGCCGAUGGGUUACCUGUGGGGGUGCUGAGGUUGCCCAGAGGCCCUGACAACACCAGAGGGUUCCACGGAGGACACCAGAGGGGCAGGGCCUGUGUAUAAAUACCUUCUAUUUUUAAUACCCGCUCCAUCAAAAUACCUGGCAUGAUACAGAAUGCGAUUAGGUCCCCUUUGACAGAUUUUGUAUACGUGUAGACCUCUUAAUUUAUAUAUUUGUAAUGUACAUAGGUUGUCUGCUACGCCAUGGUUUUAAGAGCACCUUCUAGUUCAGAACAACCAGCAUGACCUUUAUUUUGAUGAUGCCCAACGUGUAUGAAUGUUGCGGCUCCGCAGAGCUGUGGGACAGAGGCUCCUCCAGGGCGGGUCGGGCGGUGGGUCGCUUCCUCAGGACAGAGCUCCUGCCUGCGGUGACUGAGCCGACCUCGGCUGGCCAACAAGAGCUUCCUGAGGACCCCCAGGAGCUCUGAUGUGUAAUGGCAACUCGUUAAGCCGGUAGCAUGGUGUCUCAUGGGACCAAAUGUGUAUUUCCUGUCAAGUCAAUAAAUAAUAAAACAUC